UACGCACAGCCAUCGAUAAGCCAGUCGGAUCCUCUCCCGUCCAGUAACUUCGCCCCCCUCUCCCCCCCUUCUCCCUCCGCCUCAGUUUCUCCUACCUUUGGCACCACCACCUGGGGGGGUCCCGCCGGAUCGCUCGCCCGACAGAGGAGCGCCAUGACCCGCGUGGUGGUUCAAGGGAUGCCGGAGACGGCCGCCGGAGGAGGAGAGAUGCUGACCCGGCGGAGGAGCAAAGGCAGGCGGAGGAAGCGCACGGAGUUGUACGGCAUCCAGAUGUGCUUCGCCGGCGUGCUGCUCGGGCUGGUCGUGGGGCUUCGCUCAGUGGUCCAGAGAGCAGGAUAUGUUUCCAGCUCCUUGGUGGUGGAGGAGGCGAGGUGGGAGAGUCGUCACCUUUUACAAGACGACAACGAGUCCAAGCUUUACUCAGAGCCUGAGAAGAACUGCACUGAACCAGCUAUCCAUGAGUUCCCCAGGGAUUACUUCAGUAAUCAGGAGCGUGUUGACGGAGCAGUGGGCCUGCAUGUUCUCUGUGCGGUCUACAUGUUCUAUGCUCUGGCUUUGGUGUGUGAUGACUACUUUGUCCCCUCGCUAGAAAAAAUCUGUGAGAACCUGCACUUGAGUGAGGAUGUUGCAGGAGCCACCUUUAUGGCAGCGGGCAGUUCAGCUCCUGAACUGUUCACCUCUGUUAUUGGAGUGUUCAUCACCAAAGGCGACGUUGGUGUCGGGACCAUCGUGGGCUCUGCUGUCUUUAACAUCCUCUGUAUUAUUGGAGUGUGUGGUAUAUUUGCUAUCCAGACCAUCCGACUGUCCCGCUGGCCUCUGCUCAGAGACUCUAUCUACUACACCCUGUCCAUCUCUGCUCUUAUUGUGUUCAUAUAUGAUGAAAAAGUGGUUUGGUGGGAAGCUCUCACACUGAUUCUGAUGUAUUUUGUCUACAUUUUGAUCAUGAAGCUGAACUGUUACAUUGUUCAUUUCCUGGAGAGGUGCAAGAAAAACUCAUCCAGUCUGAGGAACGGAGCAGCUGCUAACGCUGAAGUGGACGAUGGCUGUGAUGCUACAGCUGUACUACUGAACAAAG